AUGAGUGUCCCACUGGCUCCCAAGAAAUCAUAUUACACUCAAUUGCAGGACAACAGACAGGGGAUGAAAAAUAAUAAUGAGAGUCUCCUAAGUUCGGGUGAUACAAAUGCCAAUCAGAUCAUGGUGGAGGGUGGUCUUUCUCAUGAUGAGUCUCAGACACGUGACCUGACAGAUGAAAUUGGAAAUGCAAAUUCACAUGAGCCAGAAAACAGAACCCAUUUCCAUAACGAAUUUCACUCACUUCAGGCCUUUGGGAAGGGAUUUCAGGCUGGCCCCAGCAGCCUGAAGGAUUUAAAAUUGUCUUCAACUGUUCGUAGGGCAGUAAAUGAAGAGUACACAAUGCAGAGAGGCACAACUCUCCUACAGACUCCAUGGAAUGGACAGGAACCAAGUCUGGCAGGUUGGAGGUCUGUUACGGGUGAGGCCAGUCCAGAUGUUUUGACUCCAAGGGGCACUGAAAUUCCUCAGCAUGCUCCUAAGGAUAAAUUGGCAAAGACACUGGACAAUGAAGAACUGAGAAGGCAUGCUUUGGAUAGGGUGAGCAGCUCUGCUGUUGCAGGGGACCAGUUCAUAAAGGAGUGUGCUGGGAGCCUGACUCAGCCACCUCCACAGCCUGCCCUGGAACCCACAGAAGUCCUGGAUUGCGUGCCCAAGGGAGGUGAGGGGCAACAGAAGAUAGUGACAUCCCACUCCCCAGGGACAGCUUGUCCUCCAGCUUAUAUCACCUCAGAGGGAAAGGGUAUGUGUCAUCCUAAACCGUCUACCUCAGAAACCAAGGAGACCACCUGCUUAGAGACCCAGAUGGAAGGAGCACAUGUACCAGAAGUAAGCAAUGAGAGCACACCACGUUCUGCCCAUUCAGGGUGUGCUCUGACUUCAGCAUCCAAGGAAGUCCUGAGUAAGCCAGAAGCACAAUUAGAUCAGGAAAAGGGAGAGCCCAAGCCAGAGCUGAAAUUUGUCCAAUCCUGGGCCCUGCAGGAAUUCAUGUCAGCCCAGGCCGAAUGUCUGGGAUGUCCCAAUGAAGACAGCACGUUACUCCAAGAGAGAAAGUUGCCUGGUGGAGAAGCACUGCAAGAAGCCCCCACCAGGGUGGUCAGCAGCCUGCCCCAGAGCAGUGUCUCCCCGCUUGGAGGGCCAAGAGGCAGGAGUGUGCAGGACCAGAGCACCGUCCACCUAGGUGAUCAAGGUUCUCUUCAGAUCUUCCCCAAACCUGGCCCUGCCUCCUUGCAAGCUGCUGAUAAUCAGCUCCCUGGCAGAAUUUCAUCAUUUGCAGCUGGGAAACUGCAUGAAAGUUCAUCCAGCCACUUGUCACCAGGUGAUGGUCAUGUAGCUUUUAUUCCUCAUGCCCCAGCUGACAGCAGACCCCCAGCAGCCACUGAGGAGAAAAGGGUGCUGAGCAGUGGGAGCAGGGCCAGUGCUAUGGAUUUUACUUCAGAUCCUUCUGUUGGAGAGAGCGAAACUGGGGUCCCUGAGCCUCUUGACCCUCAGAGCAGCAGCUCAGAAGCUGGGGAAAGCAAAGAGGUCAAUACAUCUGUUGCUGAAAAUAGGAACCUUCUAGAAAAUGCAGUUAAAACUGAAAGUUCCACAGCAAGAACUGAUUCUCCUCUUAGUGUCCCAACCCCUCUCCACCCAGAGACAACUGUCAGUGUGACCCACCAACCAGCACUGCCCAGUACCAGUCUUCAGGACUUGAGUAUGUUGAGUGUGGACGCAGGGUCACCCUCGGCUGCCCCACCUCCUACUGACUGCUUGCAGUUGUUGGACACCUCCCCCAAAGUGCCUGACAAAAACACCUGCCCCAGUGGGAUCCCCAAGCCUAUUUCCACACAUUCUGAGGGUACGCCUUCCUCACAGGAGAGCCACCAGGCUGAAAGAACAGAAGAAAAGACAGAACCCAAGCCCAUCAUUUUGCCCAAGCCUAAGCACGUGAGGCCCAAGAUCAUCACCUACAUCAGGAGGAGUCCACAGGCCCUCGGCCAGGUGGAUACUUCGCUGGUCCCAGUGGGCCUUCCUUAUGCCCCGCCCACAUGUAACACGCCUCUUCCCAAAGAGGAGAAGGUGGCAGGCAGAGACCUGAAGCCGGCUGCCAGCCUCUGUGAUAAAUUCAAGCCAGACUUGCAGAAGCCAAGGGUCUUCAGUCCUGGGUUGAUGGUAUCUGGGAUCAAACCCCCAGGACACCAUUUCAGUCAGAUUAGUGAAAAGAUUUUGCAGGAGGUGACAGAACUCCCUGGGAAAGAAGAAUUUUGUCCUCCCUGUGCACACUACGAAGUUCCUCCCACCUUUUACCGCUCGGCCAUGCUCCUUAAGCCCCAGUUGGGAUUGGGCGCGAUGUCCCGUUUACCUUCUGCAAAGAGCAGGAUCCUGAUUGCCAGUCAGAGGUCUUCAGCAGGUGCCAUCCACCCACCAGGACCCAUGGCAACAGCUGCCAGUCUCUACAAUUCUGAUCCUGCAGCAGAUUUAAAGAAAGCCUCCAGUUUGAAUGCUGCCAAAUCCUGUCUACCGAAGUCUGGACUUCGUCCUCCUGGAUACUCUCGCCUGCCCGCAGCCAAGCUGGCGGCGCUGGGCUUCGUGCGGAGCUCCAGCGUGACCUCCGGCUCCAGCACCCAGUCCCUGGACAGCGCACAGCCCGAGCAGAGCCGGCUGGCUAACUGUUCAGCCUUCGGGAAUGAAGAGCAGCCAGCCCUGAAAGCAGCCCUGCCUUCCAAAGAUGCGCCCAGGGGAGCCGGCCGCGCUGCCCCUCUGGCGGCCUCCAGCGGCACAGCCCCCCGCAGGAGUUUGCUUCCAGCACCAAAAUCCACAGCCACGCCUGCUGGAACAAAGAAAGAACUACAAAAAGACCAAGAUGCUAAUAAACCUGCUGUUUCAUCUCCUAAGAGAGCGGCAGUUUCAACCACCAAGCUUCAUUCACCAGGAUACCCCAAGCACAGGAGCACGGUUCCCCGAAACGGAUUUUCUCCCAAGCCAGACCCACAGGCCCGUGAAGCCGAGAGGCAGUUGGUUCAGCGGCUGAAGGAGAGGAGUGAGCAGCAGGUCAGGCAGCUGGGCCUUGUGCAGCGGGAGCUGAGACGGGCCAUCUGUGGCUUCCAGGCGCUCGCCGUGUCCACUCAGCACUUCUUUGGAAAGAAUGAAAGUGCCCUUGUGAAAGAAAAAGAGCUGUCAAUCGAACUUGCAAACAUCAGGGAUGAAGUUGCCUUCACCACAGCCAAGUGUGAGAAGCUCCAGAAGGAGAAGGAGGAGUUGGAGAGGCGGUUUGAGGACGAGGUGAGGAAGCUGGGCUGGCAGCAGCAGGCCGAGCUCCAGGACCUGCAGGGGCGGCUGCAGCUGCAGUUCCAGGCGGAGAUGACACGCCUUCAGGAGGAGCACAGCGCCCAGCUGCUGCGGAUCCGGUGUCAGCACCAAGAGCAGGUGGAAGACAUCACCGCCAGCCACGAGGCCGCUCUCCUACAGAUGGAAAGUGACCACACGGUGGCCAUCGCGACCCUGCGGGAUGACCACGACCACAAAGUCCAAGGAUUGAUGUCUACCCAUGAGCUGGAAAAGAAAGAAUUGGAAGACAAUUUUGAAAAGCUGCGGCUGUCAUUACAGGACCAGGUGGACACGCUGACCUUCCAGAGCCAGUCUCUGCGGGACCGAGCCAGACGCUUCGAGGAGGCUUUGCAGAAGAACACUGAAGAGCAGCUGGAGGUUGCACUGGCUCCCUAUCAACACUUGGAAGAAGACAUGAAGAGUUUGAAGCAGGUGUUAGAGAUGAAGAAUCAGCAAAUACACCAGCAGGAAAAGAAGAUUGUUGAGCUGGAAAAGCUGGCGGAGAAGAACAUUAUCCUGGAGGAGAAAAUCCAAGUUCUCCAGCAGCAGAACGAAGAUCUCAGAGCAAGGAUUGACCAGAAUACUGUUGUCACGAGACAGCUGUCCGAGGAGAAUGCCAAUCUGCAGGAGUACGCGGAGAAGGAGGCCCAGGAGAAGAAGAGGCUGAGCCGCACCAAUGAAGAGUUGCUCUGGAAGCUCCAAACUGGGGACCCGACGAGCCCAAUUAAACUCGCCCCCACGUCUCCUGUCUACCGCGGCUCCUCCUCCGUACCCUCCUCACCCGCCAAAGUGGGCCCCACGCCCAGAUGA